CCACCUUUUUCUUCAACGCGGAAGUAAGCCUACUACAAACCAAUGUGUUCAUAAUUAAGAUAAUACAUUAAAAUAAUACGAUAAGACGCAACAACUUCCAAUAUCAAGCAGCAAAACGAACAGAUGAGACCGGAAGCCAGACCCAUAGAAUUUACAAAUGGCCCAUUGAUUUUUACGACAAGAAAAAGGUGGAUAAUCUACAAAUAAUGCUGUACCUCAUUCACCACAUAUUUACUCCUUAGCAAUAGUGACUAAAUGGUGUAAUUGAAUAUAGGCUACUAUCACAUUAGAAUAAGAAUGGAUUUUUACAGUAGGCUAGUUUAUGGUACCACUACCAUAAAACUUUUUAGUUUAAAGAAAUAAAUAUUAAAACCGAUUUAAAAGUAAGAGUAGCAUAAGCACUAGAAAAAAAAAUACUUUAAAGCAAUAAAUGUUAAAACCGAUUGAAGAGUUACCACAUUAUUGUAUUUCUUAUAAAUAGCACAGGAAGUACCAUAAAAACUAGUUUGUUUUGAGAAACAAAUGUUAAAACUGAUCGCUUGUAGGCCUAAUGAAUCCUAGUUAGUGGAACAGGAUUAAAUCAGUUCCACUUGACGGGGCUUAAACUAAUGUUAUUUUAAGAAACCCUUAAUAAUGCGAUUAGCUUGGAUCUGCCGGUGAUCCUCUCUCGACACUUUCUGUCAUCGUGUGUUUGUCCUCCCAGGCGUGUGCAGAGAAGUAGUAUGUGUAGUGAAGUAUGCCACGCAUCUUUCAUAUGUGUUUUCCAGUCACUAAACUACUGUUUUUACACCAACGAUCGUUUUUUUUACACUACACUCACCGGUCUGUUCUCUGAUUGGCUGCUGCAGGAGAGCGACGCAAAUGAUUGGUUGAAGAUUUUCCUUAUGUACAGUACUGACAGCUCACUGUACCUCACAGCACUGACUCUGUAGAAGCAGGUGAACCUGCCAUCUCGUUUCUGCACUAGAGGGAAAUGCAGUUUCAUCAUCAUUGUUAAAGAACUUUGAAUUCAUAUCAGGGUGGAGGUUUCCAUAAUUUGCAAAUGCCGAUAAGUGACAUGUGGCAAGAUGGCAAUGGCCUCGACACAAUGGGCGAGAUAGACAGUAAUGGCAGCUGUGACAGCGUGCUCAGCUUCAAUUCAUGCUUCAGUGAUGAAAGUCUGGAGUAUCUCUCUGCUGAAGAGAAGGCUUGUCUCAUGUACCUAGAAGAGACCAUUCAGUCACUGGAAACGGAGGAUGACAGUGGCCUGUCCAAUGAUGAGUCUGAUCAGCUGCCAGCUCGAGGAAAUGUGGCUAACAAAGCAGGCCACCUCUCUUCGUCAAUAAGACUCAGCAAGCUUCCUAGUCAAGAUGUACCCAAAAGCCCAUUUGAAGGUUCAUUCUCAUCUAGCAUCUUAGUGCAAAAUGACAUUCUGAAUUAUAUGCUUCCUACUCCAUUUGUCCUUGCAAACUGUAACUCACAAAUCCAAACCAGACCUGAAAUAGCUGCAUCCCAGAAAAAGACGCCUUGUGAGCUCCAUCAAGAAGCUCCACGAGUUCCCUCUGAAGUCAGUGUGGUAGUGAUACCACCUCCACAUAAAAUCAAAGGUGGUAAAGACAUAGUGGAAGAAAUACAGAAUAAACAUCAGCCAGAGAAUAUGGCACGGAGAGGACCACUCUCGUAUGAGGCUCUGGUGCAUCUGCGCAAGAGUGCAUCGAUGCAGAGAACCAAUGCUACAGAAGCUAAAACCGGAGAACAGCAGUUUUCUACAAAUAAAGAUCAUGAGGGAGGCAUCUCUGGAUCCCAAACUCUCACACAGGCCAUGACGAGUAGGAGCUCCAAGCCCACUCCUCCACCUGUGGCCCCUAAACCUAAAAUGAAAACCCCACAAAAGGUCCCAAACCAGGAAGAAGCCUCCAACCCUAAGAUCGACUCAACCAUGCCUUACUCAAGAGUAUUGACUGUGGAUAAAAUAAUGAAACCAGAGAAAGUGAGAGUGGAGGCUCUUUGCAAGUUGGGUCUCCUCAAGGAGGAUACAAAGAACCCAAUCUGUCAACGACUAAAGCAUUCAGAGUCCCCAGCAAACUUGGUGCAAAACCAGACCACAAAGGAAUGUCUUGCUCCAAGUGUUCCUGCAAGACCUGGAGAACAAAUAAAUCAGCCAGUAAAAACUUGCAGUUCUCUCCACCAAAGGUCUGUUAGCGAUCUUUCGGCAGCUUUUUCUUUUCCACAGCAUGCCAAUAUGGCUUCAACCAGGAAAUCUGCCACACUGGAAUGCACUGGGAUGGGACUGUCAGGAUCUAACAUCACAGUCUUAAAUGCAGUUUCUCAGAACCACCAGUCAAGUUCUUCUACAGUAGGAACCAAAAACCAUUUUACAGACACUCAAAUGGAUUCUAAUGAAUCGGCAUCCAUAAAAGCAGAAUUGCAUGCAUCAUCUCAUUCCAAAGGCUUCAAUGUGCUGGUUCCCAGCAUCGGAAGGGAUCGGAGAGAGGCAUUACGAAAACUAGGAUUGCUGAAAAACUGAGAUUUGUUGACUAUUCUCUCCAGUCAUGAUGUAUCAAAAGUAUCAAGCCUCUUUUACGUUUUAAGUGAGAAUACCAUUACAACAGCCAUUUACAGAAAAUAUUGGCACCCUUGGUAAAUAUGACCAAAGAAGGCUGUGAAAAUUAAUCUGCAUUGUUAAUCCUUUUGAUAUU